UGACAUGGCUUGACUGAUCUCUGCGGGAAGUUUCAGGAAAUGCAACAGGUGGAAGAGCCGAGGCAAUGAGCUGUGGACUGCCCUCUCUUUAGCGUCCCAGGCUAGCUGCUGCUGUGUGUACUUGAAGGUGCCUGUCGGAGUCGGACAGGGAAACAACUGCGCACUCUUUCACACGGUCAGGUGGCACCAUGGAUGACAACAGCCUGAAUGACUCCAAUGUAAAGGUCGCUGUUCGUGUGCGACCCAUGAACAGGAGAGAGAAAGACCUAAAAACAAAAUGUGUGGUGGAGAUGGAGGGAAACCAGACAGUUCUGCAUCCAGCCAUCACCAAUGUGAACAAAGGAGACCCCCGGAAUCAGCCAAAGGCUUUUGCGUAUGACUACUGUUUCUGGUCCAUGGAUGAAUCUCAAAAAGACAAGUUUGCAGGUCAGGAUGUAGUGUUCCAGUGCCUUGGGGAGAGUCUGCUGGACAACGCCUUCAUGGGCUACAAUGCCUGUAUCUUUGCUUAUGGACAGACAGGCUCUGGGAAGUCGUACACCAUGAUGGGCUCGGCAGAGCAGCCUGGCCUGAUCCCCCGGCUCUGCAGCUCCCUGUUCGGCCGAACUGUGCAGGAGGCCCGUGAGGGAGAAAGCUUCACUGUGGAGGUCUCCUACAUGGAGAUUUACAACGAGAAAGUCAGAGACCUGCUCGACCCCAAAGGAAGUCGACAGGCGCUGAGAGUGAGAGAGCACAAGGUUUUGGGGCCUUACGUGGACGGCCUGUCCCGCCUGGCUGUGGCCAGCUACAAGGACAUCGAAUCUCUCAUGUCAGAGGGAAAUAAAUCUCGCACAGUGGCGGCGACGAACAUGAACGAGGAGAGCAGCAGGUCACAUGCUGUGUUCAACAUCAUCCUCACACACACACUCAUGGACCUACAGUCCGGGACGAGUGGAGAGAAAGUGAGUAAGCUGAGUCUGGUGGACCUGGCCGGCAGCGAGCGAGCGGCGAAGACCGGAGCAGCAGGCGAGAGACUGAAAGAGGGGAGCAACAUCAAUAAGUCUCUCAGUACUCUGGGUUUAGUUAUCUCGGCCUUGGCUGACCAUGGAGCAGGGAAGAACAAGAGCAAGUUUGUUCCCUACAGAGACUCUGUGCUCACCUGGCUGCUCAAGGACAGCCUGGGAGGGAACAGCCGCACAGCCAUGGUCGCCACCAUCAGCCCAGCGGCGGACAAUUACGACGAGACACUGUCCACGCUGCGUUACGCCGACAGGGCGAAGAGCAUCAUCAACCACGCCGUGGUCAACGAAGACCCCAACGCCAGGAUCAUCCGGGAGCUGCGGGAGGAAGUGGAGAAACUGAGGGACCAGCUCACAGAGGCCGAGUCUAUGAAGGCCCCCGAGCUGAAGGAGCGGCUGGAGGAAUCGGAGAAACUGAUCCAGGAGAUGACAGUGACCUGGGAGGAGAAGCUCAGGAAGACUGAGGCUGUUGCACAGGAGCGUCAGAGGCAACUGGAGAGCCUGGGAAUUUCUCUGCAGUCCUCUGGUAUCAGAGUGGUGGACGACAAGUGUUUCCUCGUCAACCUCAACGCUGACCCCGCUCUCAACGAGCUGCUGGUCUACUACCUGAAGGAGCACACGCGUGUGGGCUCAGCCAACUCACAGGACAUCCAGUUGUGUGGGAUGGCCAUCCAAACUGAGCACUGCGUCAUCGACAUCACUGAAAGCAAUGGUGUGGUGCUCACGCCUCACCGCAACGCUCGAACAUGUGUGAAUGGAGCUGCGGUCACCAGUCCAGUGCAGCUUCAUCACGGUGACAGAAUUCUCUGGGGUAACAACCACUUCUUCAGGAUCAACUUGCCCAGGCAUAUGGUCCACGCAGGGGGUGAGGAAGAGGAGGGCGGUGCCGUGAUGAAGACGUGUCUGAGCACCGACCGGCUGGAGCCGGAAUUCGACACAUCCAGCGACGUGUCGAGCGAGCUGAGCUUCAGUUACGAGCUGGCCCAGGCCGAGGUCAUGAUGAAAGGCAUGGGCAGCAACGACCCCUUACAGUCAGUGUUACAGACCCUGGAGAGGCAGCACGAGGAGGAGAAGCGCUGCGCCCUGGAGCGGCAGAGGCAGAUGUAUGAGCAGGAGUUGCAGCAGCUCCGCCAGAAACUCACCCCCGAGAAACCCUCCCACCUCCUGGAUGCAUCAGGUCUCCCGGUCGGUGCCUCUGCUGCUGCUGCUGCUGUAACGUCGCACGGCUUCCACAAGCGCAUGCGGCGGUGGAGUGAGGACAGGGAGGCGAUGAUGACUCGCAGCCUGCGGCGUCUGAGGGAGCAGAUAGUUCGAGCCAACCUGCUGGCUCAGGAGGCCGGAUUCAUCGCAGAGGAGCUCAACAAGAGAACAGAGUACCUGGUCACUCUUCAGAUACCUGCCAGCAACCUGGACGCCAACAGGAAGCGUGAUGUGGUGCUGAGCGAGCCGGCCAUCCAGGUCCGUCGUAAAGGUAAAGGGAAGCAGAUCUGGGCUCUGGAGAAGAUGGAGAACAGGCUGGUGGACAUGAGGGAGCUCUACCAGGAGUGGAAGGACUUUGAUGAAGACAACCCAGUGAUGCGGUCUUAUUUCAAACGAGCGGACCCGUUCUUCGAUGAGCAGGAGAACCACAGUCUGAUCGGAGUGGCCAACGUUUUCCUGGCCUGCCUGUUCUACGACGUCAAGCUGCAGUACGCGGUGCCCAUCAUCAACCAGAAGGGAGAGGUGGCAGGUCGGCUGCACGUGGAGGUGUGGCGGGGCACAGAGGGCUCCGAGGAGGGGGGUCCGGGACGGUCUGACUCUCAGCUGAGCAACACAGACGCGGAUCCACAGGAACGUAAACUGGACUGUGUGGUGAAAAUCCUCCAGGCCACCGGUCUUCCUCGCCACCUGUCCAACUUCGUCUUCUGCCAGUACCACUUCUGGGGGCAGGAGGAGCCCGUGUUCAUCCCUCCAGAGGUGGUGCCCUCCAGCUCAUCGUCCGCCUCCAGAGACCCUCAGUGCACUGUGGUGUUCGACAGCGCCAAGGAGUUGUCUGUGCCAGUGUCAGAUGACUUUGUGGAGUAUUUGGCCGAGGGCGCCGUGGCCAUUGAAGUGUACGGCCACAAACAGGCCAACCACCGCAGAAACCUGGCGCUGUGGGACCUCGGAGUAAUUCAGGCCAAGACCAGGUCCCUCAGAGAGAGGUGGAGUGAGGUGACCCGUCGACUGGAGGUGUGGGUGCAGCUGAUGGAGCUGAACGAAGCCGGAGAGUUCACAGCUGUGGAAGUUCUUCCUGCCAAAGACAUCCGCACCGGAGGAAUCUUCCAGCUCAGACAAGGUCAGUCGCGUCGGGUGCAGGUGGAGGUGCGCUCGGUGCCUGACUCGGGCACCAUGCCCCUCAUCACCGCCUCCAUCCUCUCUGUGUCCAUCGGAGACGUCAAGGUCCGACAGAUGCGUCUCUCCAGAAGCAGCGAAUCACAAUGGGGUGGGGAUGAAGAAAUGGACAGCUAUCAGGAGGUAGACCUGGAGAGGAUGAGGGAGCAGUGGCUGCUCACACUCACUCAGAGGCAGGAAUAUUUGGACCAGCAGCUGCAAAAGAUCGUUUCCAAACCAGAUAAGUCGGAGGACGAUGUUGAACGGGAGUCCCAGCUGCUCGAGUGUCGUCUGACUCUCACAGAAGAACGAAACGCUGUUCUGGUGCCGUCAGCUGGCAGCGGCAUCCCUGGAGCACCAGCAGAGAGGGUUCCUGUCCCUGGAAUGGAGACGCACAUUCCUGUCCUCUUCCUGGAUCUCAGUGCUGAUGAUUUCCAGUCCAGUCUCUCGGCCACGUUGGCUGGAGGGCUGGACGCGUUACUCAGUGGGGAGGAUGACGACGAAUUCUUUGACCUUCAUAUUGUUAAACACUUCGAUCCCGAGGUGAAGGUGGAGGCGUCCUGGGACUCAACGGUCCACGAGUGCCCCCAUCUGAGUCGUGUGGCAUCGGCGGACCAGAGGGUUUACCUGACGAUCCGCGUGGUGGUUCAGCUGAGCCACCCGGCCCACAUGCAGCUGGUCCUCAGGAAACGCAUCUGCGUCAACGUCACCGGGAAACAGGUGGGUUUCGCCCAGAGUCUGCUGAAGAGGAUGUCUCAGCGCAGCACCAUCCCCGGCUGUGUCACAUUCGAAAUCGUCUCCAACAUCCCAGGGGACAUCCAUGGUCCAGAGGACAGGGAGAUGCUGGCCAGGCUGGCUGCCAGCGCUGAGGACGACCAGUCAGCUGACAGUGAGGCGGCCAUAGAGAAAUACCUCCGCAGCGUCCUGGCUGUGGAGAACAUCCUCACACUGGACCGGCUCAGACAGGAGGUGGCUGUGAGGGAACAGCUGGCAGUCAGAGGGAAACCUCCCAGACGCUGCCUGAGCUCUCCAAACAUCAACCGGCUGUCAGCCAGCAGCCUGGAUCUCUACUCCUCCUCUCAUCACCUCAGUGACUUCAAUGGCUGGCAGAGCCACCAGGACCUUUCUGUGGCGCCUCCUCCAUCCAGACGCACGCUGCCCAGUUCCAUGUCCCAGAGCCUGAACCCAGAAACAGUGAAGGCCGUACCCAAGCUGCUGAAGUCACUGCUUCCUGGUGGGAAGGAAGACGGCAGAGAGCAGACAGCUGUCCAUCAGCAGAGCUUGCCUCGCAUCAUGGUGCAGUCGGCCAGUGUUGAAGAGGGCAUGAGCCAACAUCAGCAGCCAGUCCCCUUUGAGGAUAUCCAAACAGAGAUCCGCAGAUCCAUGCCACUCCCACCGCCAAUCAUCCCGGAAAUGGAAGAAUCCACCCCCAGCCCGGUGAGCGAAGCAUCUAGCGGAUACAUAUCGACCAGCAUAUCCACAGCAACACUGUCAGAUGUCUACACAUUGAGCUGGGACCUGCCUCAGUCAUCCGCCUUUGAGAUGGUGCCCGAUGAAGAGGAAGAGGACUAUAAAGUGGCACAAUCUUACAAUUACCCUGAAUCUUUUCUUGCGCACCAAUCCGAGCCUCAGGAGCCAUUGCAGGUUGUGAACGGCAAAGCAGCUGCAGAGAGCACUGAGUUGCCACCGUCAAAACCAUAUAAUACUCCAUCAGAUUUAAAUCUGAGUCAAGAAGAACCAAAUCAAUCUCCAUCAGCCCAGUUGAAGGAUCAAGGGGAGUCUGAUUCAGUUGCAGAAUCAGACUUACCAGGGCAGAAACAAAAGCAAGACUCCUCAAUUGACCAGAUUGGAUUAGACCAGUCAGACCCACUGAAAGAUUCAGUGGUUGUACAGGAGAAUGAAACAGAACCGGCAGAAUUACCACAAACAGACCACUCCAAAUCAGAGACCCCUAUGACAGAAGAACUGGAGCUAGCUCCCACAGACAGGACAGAAGCUGAAAGGUCACUCCUUGACGAAACACAACCUUCUGCACAAGAAGGUCAAAGUCAACUGGAAUCGAUGGAACCACAGCCCAAACAAGACACGGCAACUUUUGACAGUGCUCAGGAUCCAAACCUGAUUCAAUCUUUGUCUGAGGACAAACCUGCUCCAGAACCACCUGGAGACUUGGAUCUUCAAGAUUCAUCAAAGGAUCAAUCAACUUGUGAGGCCUCCACCCUGACCUCAUCCUCAGCAACAGAUAAGGUCCAACAGGAAUCGCCUGCCGAUGCAUCUACGAAAGCUCCCGCAGCUCCGACUCCUGUGUCCAGCAUUCAGCCUUCCAAACCGGCUGCCUCAGCGGCCAACCCCUUCAAGAUCCAGAAAGUAAAAUCUUCAGACCUCAAGUCCUUUCAUCCCAUUCUAGGUGAGGAGGAGGCCGGGCAUGUGGACUGGACCAGCAGCCUGGGAUCAGGACUCAACCUCUCUGUGCCACUGGAAAGUCUGGAAAUCAUCUCUGACUCUGAGGAAGGAGAUGCAGCUGCUACUACUGUUCUUCCUGACUGGUUGAAAGAAGGGGAGUUCGUAACUGUGGGAACCAAUAAGAGUGGUACUGUGCGAUAUGUGGGACCCACAGAUUUUGCAAAGGGCACCUGGGUGGGAGUGGAACUGGAGGUACCAGCAGGAAAGAAUGAUGGCUCGGUCGGCGGUAAGCACUAUUUCCACUGUAACCCUGGGUAUGGGGUGCUGGUAAGGCCCAACAGAGUGACCCGCGGUGGUGCCAAACGCCGUCGCCAGCAGCAACAGCAAAAACGCCGUAGUGCCAACCUUUCUGGGUCCAGCCCGAACCUGGCAGCCCUUACCGCUCUGGCCAAAGGUGAGGCCGGCGGGGCAUCAGCCAGUCGCAGCAGAGGAGAGAACCGCAAGUCCUGGAACACUUGAGAGGCUCAGUAUCUGCUAAACGGUAGAUACCCACUCUGCCUUCAACCAGCAGCUGGUUGAUGCGAUUAUCGGGUAAGUUUUCAGAGAGAGUAAGACAUCAGUGUUUAAUAUGGGCAGAUUUACAACAGACUUCACUGUAUCUGGUCCUUUACUACUAUAAGUUUUGGCAAUACAAGAUGAGUCACCUCAAGCUCCUCCAUUGGGACUGGGAACCCAUCAGAUGUUUAUCGUCUGUUAAGGAAUUGUAUAAGUAUUACUAUUACUUCAUAGAAAUAUUGAAUGUCUCAUCAGAAAAUGUGAAGGUUUUUAGGUAUCUACAUGGUAAUGUCUUGUAAUUAAUUUCAUUUUAAACGGUGGAUGUGUUGUUUUAGAGUGUAUUUAUUCCAGUGGCAUUAGAUAACAAUCAAAGAACUGCCUCAAAAUCAGCACAUUUUUCUUUUCUUUUAACGUGUUAUGCUACUUGCCAGGCAAAAGUAUACUUGCUUGGGGGUAAAAUAUUAAAAAAUAUCAAAUUCACUGGAUUACACUGGAUGACUCCAAAGGCUGCAAAACACCUUCAUGUGCUCAUAUUUCUACUGCAAGGAUACUAUGCAGCUGUAUGUUUGGAUAGACUUCUAAGUCUCAUAACUUGCUUCAUACCUGUUUUUAAAUUGUUUCUUGUGCCUUAAAAUACAAUGACUACUACUCAGCAAAUGUGCCUUAGUGAUACUUCACCAAAUUCUGUUUUGUUGGUAGGUUGAAAACUGGUCACUAACUGUUUAAGAAGCUUAUUUUAGCUCUUGAUUGUGUAUUUGUCCUGUUUUACCAACUUGCAGUCUUUGCUCACAAAAUCUACUGAAAGUUUGCUGCAUUUCUUUUUUUUUUAAAUCAGUGUACGACCAAGUGAGUGUGUGUGAAGAUUGAUUGGGAGUGACUUCAUUUUAAAAAAUUUGUUUUGCUAGCGAGUUAAUGAAUUAUGUGUUUGGGAGCCUUGUGAUUUGUACAUAAGGAUAUUUGAGGGAUUUUGUUUGUCGUAUUGCAUUUAGUAUUAAUUUGUCAGGUAAAUAAGAUAUUUUAUACAUAUGCAUUCACGUUGAUCAUUUUGACCAAUUGAAUGCUUAUUUAUUUAAAGAUGACGACAAGAUAUUGUUGGAAAUGAAAAGCAAAAUUUUUUUUUUUUUUUAAAUCAAUGUUGAAUAAAUUUCACUCUGCUCAUGUCAUUCAAUGUGUGAUGUGAUAUUUGCAUAGAAAUUGAAUAUUUGUAA